GUACGGGGGGAACAUGUUCUCCAAACAGUACAUAGAGCUGCCAAAGGAUGGACAACCUUACUAUGGAGAGAUGGAUGCUGAGCCAAAAUACCUGAUCUCUGUUCAGCCCAUCCAACCCAAUGAAGUGAAGACACAGUGCACAGGUAAAGCGGACUUCCAGAAGCCACUGCACCUGGUGAUUGGUUCCGUUACCCCCACUAAGGUGAUGCUGUCCUGGGGAACUCUGCUCAAGACCCCCUACACACACACCACUGAUGACUGCCCACAGGACGGGCAGUACACCAUACGGUACCGUGAGCAGGAGUCCAAGCCCACUCCGGAACCCACUCCAGAACCCACUCCAGAACCAGAGCGGAAGUGGAGGUACCAGACAUGUCCCAGCAGCGCCACGGUCAUCGACCGCCUCAAGCCCAACACCUCCUACGAGUUUGGGGUGCGGGCCGACCCUCAGCGGGGCGCUGGGCCCUGGAGCCCCCCGGUGGUCCACAACACCAACGCCAGCGUCGUCAUGGAGAAGCUCGUGUCCCUCAUCGAGAACAGCAACACAGAGAUCCAGAAACCCUUCAAACCCCCUGUGAUGCCCAUCAUGUCUAUUCCUAAGGAGCCAUUCCUCCCCAGGAAAGUCCUCCUGAACAGGACCUUGGGUGUAAUGCCCCUUCCCAAGAACCUCAGCCUUCCAGGAACCAGGAGAAUUCUGGGUCGCGGCGACCAGCGGCAAAGGGUACGGCUGCCCGGGCCUCGGCCGUCAGUCACCACCCUCCUACGGACACGCAGGCCUAACCCAGGCCCCGCCCCUGGCAUCAAAAGACCACGCCCAUAUCACAGAAACUCCACCCUCUCUCCCCGCAAAACAGGUGUGGCAGGGGAAGGGAUGCAGGGUGUUACUCUCACCAAACCAGCACCCAAACCCCGUAACGGAUCCUCUGUGUUUAAGCGUCCCUCCCGCCCUGUGACAAAGGGGCUCAAUCAGGUGGUGAAGCACGAGAAAAAGCAGGAGGAGAAGGUGCGGAUGCUUGACCUGAAGCAGGUGGACCCUGUGCCCGCCCCCAAGCCCACAAUCCAGCGCACCUCUCGGAAAUCCACCACGCAACCGCCCCAGAAAACUCCGCCCACCACGCAACCGCCCCAGAAAACUCCGCCCACCACGCAACCGCCCCAGAAAACUCCGCCCACCACGCAACCGCCCCAGAAAACUCCGCCCACCACUCAGCAGCCCCAGAAAACCCCACCCUUCUCCUACUUUAACGGCACUCGGUUUGACUCUGAAAACGCGUCCAUCUUUAGCCCAGUACCAACCUCCAAUGUGGACUCCAUGGGGAAGGAGCGCUUCAUAGCCCCACACGUGAUCUACCAGACGGACAAGCGUCCCGAGGAGCCGUGCUCCAUCACCCAGACGCUGAGCCACUUCCCCGAGGACGAGCCCAGCGAGGUCAACGUCACCGCGCCCCCCAAAGUGCCCCCCUCUAACGUGACCGUGGUGGCUGUGGAGGGGUGCCCCUCCUUCAUCAUCCUAGACUGGGAGAAAUCUGACAACGAGACCACAGAGUAUGAGGUCACCUCCUCCACUAAAGGUCCAGAGGGGAAAGAAGUGUCCGUCGUGGUGACCAACAAAACACACACGGCUGUGGAGAACCUGAAGCCAGAGAGCAGGUAUGAGUUUACUGUGACGCCCAAGAAUGAGCUGGGCACUGGUCCUUCCAGUGAGCCAAUCACCUUCAGCACAGAGUCAGCGGAUCCUCGCGUGGCGGAGGUUACAGGCAAGCGGGCCAUCUGGUCCACGUUCCCCUUCAAGCUGGACAUGGACUCCGAGUGCAACGGGCACCAGUACAUCAAACGGACCUGGUACCGCAAGUUCGUGGGGAUUCAGCUCUGCAACUCACUGCGCUACAAGAUCUACCUGAGCGACUCCCUCAGGGGUCCGUUCUACCACAUCGGGGACCAGUCAGGCAAUGGGGAAGAUCACUGCCAGUUUGUCGACUCCUUCCUCGACGGACGCACAGGCAGCUCCAUACCCUUCAACCAACUCCCUGAAACACAAGGUUUCUACAGGGCCGUGCGCCAAGAGCCUGUGGAAUUUGGAACCAUCGGAGGAAAUUCCCACAUCAACUACGCCUCCUGGUACGAGUGCGGAGUCGCCAUCCCGGGGAAGUGGUAGGACCCCCCCCUGUGGGCUGGCCACAGAUCUGCCUGAGAGAAAGACUGGUCCAGAGAGACGAGAGACUGCCCGCGAUGCCAAGACAAUCCUGUGGCUUGGGCGUCUCCUGAGCAUGUGUGUAAGAUAUAUCUGUAAUCUUCAAGAGUUAUUGAUCCCCACCAAAGAACCUGCACCGCACCGCACAGCUACAGCUAAUGCUACAGCUACUGCUAUUCCAGACACAUGAAUCUCAUUGAGAGUCGGUGAGACAGAAGGGAGAUCUAUAAAACACAGACUGGGAGGUUCAUCAGGCGUCCUGAUGCAGGUCGGACAAGGUGCUGUUAUUUAUAAAGCAUAUCAAUGCUACCAGUAGAAACACACACGCACACGCACACACACACACACACACACCCCAAACACUCUGAUAUGUACUAUUGUAGCUUUGCUGAACAUCUUAAGGGGUCCAGGCGGUCUCUGCACAUAGACACGAGUCUUUAUGUAUAUGGAGUAAUAGAGCUUAUUUAUCACAGACAUGCUUACGUCCUAUCUGCCAUCUGUGUGUGUGUGUGUGUGUUUAUGUGUGUGUGUGUGUGUGUGUAUGUGUGUGUGUGUGU